AUGGCACCACCAAGACGCACGCGGCGUCUGACGCCCUCUGCUGCUGGCGGCGCCUCCAACGAGGCAGAUAACCCAUAUCUGCCGAGCAUCGAGACGCAGCAGACCUUCUCGUACGGAGGGUCUGCGACGCCCGCCCUGCCUCGCCCGCUCGGCUCUCUCCCUGCCGCCAACACGGCAGCCGACGUGGCGGCCAGCAUCGAGGCCGCCAUCACCCGCCCAGCCCGUCCAGCCCGUCCAGCCGCCCGCCCACUGACCGAAUCGGCGGGCUUCCACCAGAUCGAGGACGAGGCACGCAAGAGCCCCGAGAAGCAGCGGGUGACGCGGGGCCAGCAGCGGCGGGCCGAGAGCAUGACGCCGCCAAGGGAGCCCGUCCGGCGUAUGACGCCGGACAUCCAGCUGAUGGGCUCGCUGAGAGAGGCCUCGGGGGAGCCAGAGGACCACGACCAGCAGCAGCAACAACAACAGCAACAGCAAGAGCAACAAUCCGACGACCCAGUGGACCUUUUGGCCGAUGCAAUUGACGGGUCGAGCAUCAGCUGGAACACGGAGCGCCAUCUGCUAGCGAACGAGCGACCUGCGUUUGGCCUGACUGGCUGGCCUCGGCCUACUUCUAUGAGACCUCAGAUGUCUCCAUCUCAAGCCAGCAGCACAUCCAUCCAUCAGACUACACAGCAGCAGUAUCAGCAGCAGCAACAUCCACGGCAGCAGCAAUCUCUACAGAAACACCACUACCAGCAGCUGCGUGGACAGCCUCAGAGAAGCCGCGCUACCGCCGAGAGAAUCGAGCGAGGCAUUGCCAUCGGCCCUCCAGUCGGUCUUACCACCAUUACCACCACUACUAAUAAUAAUAACAAUGCUGCGACUACGGCCUCUCCCUCUGUGCGUCCCGAGACGCCAUCCGACCAGCCUGCAGCCAUCCACACUCCGCAGUCAGAGCACACUCCGGCCUCAUCCCGUCCUCCAUCCGCUCUUGACAAUGCUGCUGCUCCUACUUCUCCCACAUCUCCAUCUCCAUCUACAUCUCCCUCUGGAGUGACCAACUUCGGGUUCAUGCAUGUCGUCUGCAUCUUACUGAGCAUUAUGAUGGCACUGAAUGGCUACCUUCUGCGCGACGAGAUCGCCUCUGCCGCCCGAUCCAUCAUCUACUCUCCAUCUGGACACUAUGGAAUGGCCAACUGCACCGAGAGCAUCAGCCAGAUGAUGGCCGCCGUCGACCAACGUCUGACCUCCAUGACCAAGGACAUCUCUUUUCUCAAGCAGGAAGUUAACAAAGCAACGACUUCUCCUCCUCCUCCUAAACCUCCUGUCAACCCCCUGGAGCCACGUCGACCCAACUUCUUCUCUCUGGGCUUUGGUGCCACUGUCGACCCUUACCUGAGCUCGCCUACUUUAUCGUCUACCACGAGCUACCUCGACCGCCUCCGCCGUCUUGCAGGUGGUAUCCGUCCCGGUCCUUCUCAUGUCUCUGCCCUGCAACCCUGGGACGACAUUGGCGACUGCUGGUGUGCAUCUACCACUUCUAUUACUUCUACUACUACUUCUUCCACUACUACUUCCAAGAAAGAGAACAGGAUCCAACUCGCCGUCGAGCUUGGCCGCCCCAUCGUCCCCGAAGAAGUGAUUGUCGAGCACAUGCCGCGCGAGGCCACCCUGGACAACGGGGCCGCCGCUCCUCAGCUGAUGGAGCUCUGGGGAGAAUUCAGUGAUAGUUCGAGUGUUAAUAGUGAUGAAGUGAGAUCGGCUCUGGCGGCAGUGUGGCCUGGAGAAGCCGAGUCCGCCUACGCCCACGAACCGUCGCUGGGCCCAUCGUUCGUCCGUCUUGGCCGCUGGCAGUACGACAUCCAUGCCGCCCAUCACAUCCAGCGUUUUACCAUUGCUGCAUCGGCGGUCCACGAUCUGCCUGCGACCAGCAAGGUGGUCGUCGUCGCGAGGUCCAACUGGGGCCGGCGAGAGUACACCUGUCUCUACCGCCUGCGACUCCACGGCCGCCUCUAG